ACAAGCUUCUAAGUUCUUAGUACCGUAAGACUACGAACGCUUAGAGACGCAGUUUCCUCGCUUGUCUGAAACGAGCACAGGGCUUCUCCAGAAGCGGUCUUGAUUCUUGAACUUGAAGCUUGAAGUUGAAGAUAAACUUAGACGUCACUUCAGAUGCCUAGUGUACCAAUCAGGAGCUGUUCUCAGCAUUCCAUCACUAAACCAGAUCGAUGCUUAGCUCUCUGAUCAUUUUGCCCCUUUAAACUACAAUUCUCUCAUUUCUCUGCAAACGGAUGCGUUUUGGAACCUUCUUUAGAAACCCCAGUCAACUAGGCAGACUCACAGCUGCAUGUUGCAUCAAAAGACAGGUCAGCGGCACGAGCAAGAAAACCAGCACAAUGCCGCCUGCCACAGAUGGGCGGGACCUCUUCUCCAAGCAGGCAGAUGUGUACGCCAAGUACCGGCCGGACUACCCCGAUGAAUUCAUUCAGAGGAUUGUGUCAGCUGCCCCUGGCAGGACUUUAGCUUGGGAUGUUGGGACAGGAAACGGUCAGGCUGCAGCGAGCCUUGCAAAAUACUUUGACCGCGUGGUUGCAACCGACCGCAGCGCAACCCAGAUUGAGCAUGCACAGCAAAGGGACAACAUCACUUACAAGGUAACCGAACCGAACAUGACUUGGGAGGACGUUGAACGAACGGUUGGCCCAGCGGGUUCGGUUGACCUGAUAACCGUGGCCCAAGCACUGCACUGGUUCGACUUUGACGAGUUUUUUGCGCUCGCUAAGAAGGCUCUCCGGCCUGGGGGGGUGUUUGCCGCCUGGACGUACACCCCCCCGGAGCAGGUCACCCCGGAGGUUGAUGCCGUCUCGGCCGCCUUCUACAAAAUCACGGGGCCCUAUUGGGAGACUGCUCGGAAGAUCACGCCGGACAUUGAUGCCGUCUCGGACAGAUACUAUCAGACCACCGGGCCGUUUUGGAACCCCCGGGUGAAGUACAUAGAGGAGGGUUAUGCAACGAUUCCGUUUCCGUUCGUUCCGGUCGACGGCCGCGACAGUACGGGUCCAUUCCCAUUCGAGACGAGCAAGCACUGGAAGUACGAGGACCUCAUUGGGUAUUACAAGACUUGGAGCCCUUACAACACCGCGAAAGAGAAGGGGAUUGACCUGCUUGCACCGGUGGAGGACGAAUUGAAAGCCGCAUGGGGAGAUCCACAAACGGAAAGAAAGGUGACGUGGCCACUGCUGCUCCGAAUUGGAAAAGUAGAGGACUGA